AUGGAACAUAUUCGCAUUUACGCAUUUGCAACACAUGGACCACGACAACUGCUUAACCUGUCAUCACGUAAAUUUACGCAUAAUGCAAGGUCGGGAAGCGUCCACGCCGAGAGCUUCGUCAUCAACACGCGUCCGGCCUACCCGCUUUACUGUCAGCCCGGAACAGCGGCCGCGACGGCUCCGUCGUCGUUGGAUCUUAACCGUGCCCUCGUCAUUGCCUUGGCGGAACAGUUCAAAAGAGAAAGCCUGCCUUGGAUCCAGGAUCUUGUCGUACCAUUAUUUGAAGGUCCACCGCCGCCGUUAACAGCCGGCCGGCUUCGGGAACUCUGUUUUCGGCACGACCCGAAACUCCCGAAGCGUUUGCCGAUGUCUGCUUUUCAGGCGCAAAAGGCGCGGCCGUCAUUUGAUGGGAGUUCUAGAUUGCGUCUGCCGGAGGAUUCGAACCUGGGUAGACCCAACCCCGGCGCGAGUCUCACACUGCUGCUACUGCACGGGCUGAACGGGUCGACCUUCAACUGGCGGCUGCUGAUGGACGACCUCGCGGCGUACGUCAGUCCAGCUACGGGCGGCUGUCGGGUCGUGGCGUACGACAGACCUCCGUACGGCCUGAGCCAGCGGCCGCUGACGUGGCAGCGUGAAGAGGAUAAUCCGUACACGUUGGAGGGGGGCGCACGGGGCUUUCUGGCGAGGGCGGAUUUUGGUCAGUUGCUUCGCUUCGCCUGGACCCGAGCACUGCUGUCAGCGGAUGGUCCCGGAUUGAACUACGUACGGAGACAGGUAUUGAAGCGUAAGGCCGAGCUGGAGGAGGGGCGCCUGGGCGUGUAUCUGGACGAGCGUGAGGUGCCGCAGGAGCGCCUCAGAGUGCCCGUACUAAUAGUCCAGGGAAGGGAGGACCGUACGGUGCCGCUGGAGACGGCACAGGCGGUGGAGGCGGCGCUGCGGCGGCGGCCAGGGCCAGUGAGCGGUCCCGCCUUAACGAACCGAGGGGCUCCUGGGCGACAUUCGUGGGGUACGACAUCGGGAAGGCGAAGGAAGAGCUCAGACAGUGAGAUCUUCCAAGGUGCCGUAACGGAGAUGGUCGUACUGGAGGGCUGCGCCCACGUGCCUAUGGACGAGCAACCGUUGAAAGUGCUGGCGGCCAUAACGGAUUUCGUCAACCGCCACUGCUGCGGCUAG